UUGGGGAGUGUUGUUGCAGUGUGGGGCGGGGGGCGUAAAAACACCCAGAUGAAUCCCGGGACUCAAGAUUUUCCUGCAGAACAUCGUAUUGUAACGAGAUGAACACUAUUAUUCACUUCAUCUGUCAGUGGUUCUAAUGUAGUGGCUGAUUGGUGUUAUGUAUUGCAUUAUAUUAUCCUGAUAGUCGGUAGUAGCUUGGGUGGAAUUUAUUGAACUGUUUCCGCUGAAGCUUAGGAGGCGCACCCGGACACAGUAAGUCAGUCCUUUCACUGCUUAAAUUCUGGCAGUAUGGAAGGGGAGCUCCUCUCAGCCCUGUGUACCCCAGCUCUCGUGGUGGAUGUGGACAAAGUGAAGAGAAAUGCCCAGAGAAUGAUCGAACGCUGUCAGGAGCUGGGAGUCCAGCUUCGGCCACACAUGAAGACUCAUAAAACCAUUGAGUGUGCUGACAUAAUGACGGGUGGAUCACGGAGGUCCAUCGUGGUUUCCACACUGGCAGAGGCCUGUUUUUAUGCUGACCAUGGAUUUGAUGACAUCCUCUAUGCUUACUCUGUUCCCUUUGAUAAGGUAGAGCGUUGUGCAGCCCUGUCAGAGAGACUGGAUCUCUUCCAAGUUUUACUGGAUCAUCCUGAUGCUUUGGAGCAGCUCAAAAAGAGACCGCUGAGAGAUGGUCGGCAGUGGCACGUCUGGCUGAAACUGGACUGUGGCAAUGGGAGAGCCGGUGUCCUGCACUCAGACCCUGAGGCUGUCAGAUUGGCUCAGGCCAUCACUGAGGCAGAGGGUGUGCAGCUAACCGGAGUGUACGCUCACUGUGGGAACACCUAUAACUGCAAAGGAGUGGAGCAAAUACAGGCCGUCGCCCAGGAAACCACCAGCUUGACUCUGCAGUUCAUGGAAAAACUGAAGGCUAUUGGCAUCACCUGUAAGUCCAGCAUUGGCUCCACCCCUUCCUGUAGUCACCCAGUCAAAGACAUGGCACAGCUCAGCGAGGUGCAUCCUGGAAACUACGUCUUUUAUGAUGUUCAGCAGUCUCUGAUUGGCUCAUGCAGUCUGGAGGACGUGGCUGUGAGGGUUUUGACGAGGGUGAUUGGACACUGUCCUCACAGGAACCAGCUCCUGAUUGACUGUGGAUGGACGGGAAUCAGUCUGGAUGGAGCUGGAAAACUUCCCACUGGAUAUGCUGUGAUUGAAGGGCAUCCAAACCUCAAGUUGUUGUCUAUGACCCAGGAGCAUGGUAGAGUGGAGCCCAUCUCUGGACCGCUGGACUACAGCAAAUACCCCCUUGGCUCUCUGCUCACACUGAUCCCCUACCACUCUUGUGCAACGGCAAUGAUGCAUCCUGUGUACCAUGUGCACUCCGAGGGCCGCCUGCUGGGGAAGUGGACACCAACUCGUGGGUGGUGAACACCUGUCCAACUGUUCACUCAUACACAUAAUUUUGUUAGGAUAAUCAGAUUAACUUUGUAAAACAGAUUAUUGUAGCACACUCUUGUGAUUGAAUUCAUAACUAAUGGACGACUGUAUAACAAUGUAUAAUUCCAGAAUUACUGACUAAAUAACAUGUAGUACGUUUUGUAGACCUAUUCUCCAAAUGUCUCUGAAGUUAUAUUGAAAAAAAAAAAUAGAACUAUAAGCUUUUAAAUGUCCAAAUUAGUUAUAGGCCUAUGUUGUGUCCUCAUCAUUUAAUCAGUGCAGUGUUUUGAAAUGUGUUGUCACAAGGACAGAAGCAACAAAUGCCAGUAGGUGGCUGAUGUUGUGUAGGCACUUACUGAAAGCUGAACAAUAAUACAGGUAUGAUGCUACAGUCAUGCCAAUUAUCUGUGUGUGCCCAGUUGAUGGUAAAAAAAAAACACAGUGAAUGAUGAUGCAGAUGUGUAUCUAGUUUAGGUAUUUUACUGUCAGUCACCUGGAUUAUUCCGACUGCCUUAAUAGAAACCCUCUUUCAGAAAUGUGAAUAUGUCUUUUUUUGUUUGUUUUUUCAUUGCCUGUGUGGCUCAGGCAGGAGACCAAAUAAAUGAAACUACAGUGAAAGGGACAGGUGCUAAUGUUUGGUGCUAGUUUAACUUGAAAGCAAAUUGUGCCAGUAAAUACAAGAUAAUCAUAUAGACAAAAAAAUGUGAUUUUUGUUUUCUGACUGAAUAAAAUCACUAUUGUUCUCAA